GCCGCCGGUUGGGACGCGGGGGCCCGAGCUGCAGCGGGGCUGGCCGAGAUGGCCGCGUGGAGCGAGCGGCUGGCCGGCGUGCGCGGGGUGCUGCUGGACAUCUCUGGCGUGUUAUACGACGGUGGUGAGGGCGGUGGCGCGGCGAUCGCCGGCUCCGUGGAGGCGGUGGCGAGACUGAAGCGGUCCCGACUGAAGGUCAGGUUCUGCACCAACGAGUCGCAGAAGUCGCGGGUGGAUCUGGUGGGGCUGCUGCGACGGCUGGGCUUCGACGUCUCCGAGGGCGAGGUGACCGCCCCGGCCCCCGCCGCCUGCCUGAUCCUGAAGCAGCGAGGUCUGCGGCCACACCUGCUUGUCCAUGACGGAGUCCGUUCAGAAUUUGAUCAGAUCGACACGUCCAACCCAAACUGUGUUGUAAUUGCAGACGCCGGAGAAGGCUUUUCUUAUCGAAACAUGAAUAAAGCUUUCCAGGUGCUCAUGGAGCUGGAAAAGCCCGUGCUCUUCUCACUGGGAAAAGGACGCUACUACAAGGAGACCUCUGGCCUGAUGCUGGACGUCGGUCCCUACAUGAAGGCACUUGAGUAUGCCUGUGGUAUCAAAGCCGAGGUGGUGGGAAAGCCUUCCCCCGAGUUUUUCAAGUCCGCCCUGCAAGAGAUGGGAGUGGAAGCCCACGAGGCCAUCAUGAUCGGGGACGACAUCGUGGGAGACGUGGGCGGUGCCCAGCGGUACGGGAUGAGAGCUCUGCAGGUGCGGACCGGGAAGUUCAGUUAUAGAAGGAAAAACUGGGACUUUACAGUGGACCCUGGAAGACUCACCUUAGCCAAGUCAUCAGGGCGGUCAUCACCUGCAGUGAGACAUCUGAGAAUGGGAUCACAGCCCUGGGCACCCUUCCCCGUAAACGUGGGGAAACUCAGACGUACCACAGUGAAGAGGGAGCUGAAAGCAAAGACGAACAGACUCCAUGCACAAAUGUUCACAGCGCUGUUCUUCACAGUAGCAGAAAGGCGGAAACAACCCAGAUGUCCCCCAGCCGGUGAAUGGAGACAUGUGGUCUUUUCUUUAUGAUGGAAUAUUAUUCAGCUGCAGAAAGGAAUGCGUUCCUGACACGUGUUACAACGUAGAUGGACCCUGAAGAGUAGGCUCAGUGAAAUAAGCGGACACAAAAGGACGACUUAUUGUAUGUUUCCACUUGUGUGAAAUAUCCGGAAGAGGCAAAUUCAUAGAGACAGGAAGUCAAAUAAUGGUUGCCAGGGGCUGAGUUACUGCUUACUGGGGACAGAGUCCCUGUUUGGGGUGUUUUCUGUUUCUGGUUUUAAACCUGCUGGAGCUUGAUAGUGAUCACCGCUCUAUGAAUGUCAUGAAUGCCACUGGAUUGUGCCAUUAAAAAUGGUUACAGUAGCAAGUUCUGUGUUCUGUAUGUUUUACCGCAAUUUAGAGAAAUCAGUUAUGCAGUACCCCAAAACCCAUUGAUUUCUGUACUUUGCAUAAGUGAAUGAUAUGGUAUGUGAAUUGUAUCUCAAUAUAUGUGUCCUCAGCUGCCCAGUCAUGUCUGACUCUUUGUGACCCCCAUGGACUGUAGCCCUCCAGGCUCCUCUGUCCAUGGGAUUCUCCAGGCAAGAAUGCUGGAGUGGGUUGCCAUUUCCUUCUUCAGGGGGUCUUCCAGAUCGAGGGAUCAAACCCGUGUCUCCUGCGUCUCCUGCAUUGGCAGGCGGACUCUACCCCUGGGCCACCUGGGAGGCCUGUUAAAAAAUAAAGUGAGUGACAUGCUACGAAAUGGUCCCAGUUCUCCCGGGGACCUGCCACGUGGGCCCCUCCCUUCCCCUGCUCAGAUGACACGUGUUAGUCUGCUCGGGCCUCAGAGACCGGGGCGCUUACACAACAGACACGUGUCUUCUCGUACUUCUGGAGGCUGGGGGGCCAAGGUUAAGGCGUUGGCCUCUGUGGGAAAAAUGAUGAAGAAGGUGCUGGCUCUCGCGUCCAUCUUUCCCCUGCGUCCCUGGUCCGCUUUGUCCACUCUUCUCCCUGCACCAGCUUCCCCCAGACCCGCUGCUAGCAUGUCAACUGCUUGGUGUGUGUGUGUGCAGGGGGUGGUGGGCAGGGACAGGGACCGGGCUUCUUCGUCCACACUCCGAUCUCCAAAACCAUCAUGUGCGUGGAUGAGGGAGUACAGUUCUCCCAGAAGGAGUAAGUGUUCCAUCCUGUUGAUGCCUUGGGCGUGUGAACAGGAGCUGUGACCCAUCUGGAUGGCAGGGCCCUGGGCAGAACCAGGACUCCAGGCGACCUUCCGGCCCGCAGACAGGCUCGCAGCCCUUGGGUGUCCGCUGCAGCGCUCAGCCGUCAGCGGCUGGUAAAGCAGAGGUCUGAGCCAAAGGAAAACGUCAGCUGCCCAUCACUGCACUUUGUCCGCAGGGCUCAGUCCUGGUUUUCUCAAUCGCUUUGUUCUCCGGACACCCGGGGU